GUCAAGGAAGGCUGUUGAAUAAGCCUGACUGCCUCUUUCCCACAUCAACAGGACCCAGCUAAUUCUGCAUCCUCCGCGACUCUCAGCUGAGGCCUGCCACCGUACACAUUACUCAGCUAGUCUCCCCCAAUUGCACCACCAUGUCUUCCACAAAGGCCUUUACUUUUCUGCCACUUGGCGCCAUUAUCCAAAAGUUCCAUGUCAAUGGGAAAAAUAUUGUACAGGGAUUCCCGACCGCUGAGCUGUACAAGCAAUACAAUGCCCCAUUCUUUGGCGAAACCAUUGGCCGUGUCGCCAACCGCGUGUCCAAGGCGAAGAUCAAUGACCUAAAUGGGAAGUCGUACCAGCUGCCAUUGAACGACGGGCCCAACUCUCUGCAUGGUGGAAACAUGGGUUGGGGAAAGCGCGAGUUUGAAGGCCCGAAGACGGUUGACCGCAAUGGCAAGGAGGCCACCUUGUUCCAGUAUCUCAGCAAAGACGGCGACGAGGGUUACCCGGGCACCGUACAGGUAAGCGUGUGGUACGUCCAGGAGAAGGAGCAAGUCAACGGCGCCGAGCAAGAGGUCCUGCAUAUCGAGUAUGAGGCUGAACUUAUUGGCGACCAAGUCGGUGAGACUGCCAUCAACAUGACCAACCAUAGCUACUUCAACCUGUCCGAAGGUCCUAGCAUCGCCGGCACAGAAGUCACCCUCAUCACCAACAAGUACCAGGUCGUCGACGAGGGAGGCAUACCUACAGGGCCCAUCCAAGACUACCCCGGCGUUACUCCCCACGAGACCUUCACGCUUGGCGAUAAGGAGCCCGACAUUGAUGACUGCUUUAUUGUCAACACGGACCCCAGCAGUAUACCGCUUGACACGCGCUCUUUGCCCAUGCAGAAGCUGGCCUCGUUCUACCACCCGGAGACCAAGAUCCACCUCGAAGUCCAUUCGACCGAGCCAGCAUUCCAGUUUUACACGGGAAAAUACAUUGAUGUACCCGCCGUGGCUGACUUGCCUGCCCGGCCCCCCCGUUCGGGCUUCUGCGUCGAGCCCAGUCGAUAUGUAAACGCCAUCAACAUUCCCGAGUACAAGUCGAUGAUGGUACUCAAGAAAGGUGAAAAGUAUGGCUCCAAGAUUGUGUACCGCGGCUGGCACGCUUGAGCCUCCGUAUCUCCUACGUAGAAUCCGUAAGCACUAUGCGUCUUGGAAACUAGCGGCUUACUUGGCCAUUGGUCACAUUUCCAAACGGAAUCAAUCACCAUUUCAACCUU